CAAAAUGCUGUGUAAACUACAUGUAUCUACAGGAUGAGCAUAAAUGCAAGGAAUGCGAAGGGUUCUUCGGUGUUAACUGCAGUGAAGAGUGCCUUGCAGGCUAUUAUGGCAAACAGUGCCGAGAGAAAUGUAAUUGUGAUGUUAGUCAGUGUGACAGUGUCUUAGGAUGUCUCACAAAUAAAUCGGAAAAGUAUGACUUGAAGGGAAAUCAACGAACCAAGUUAGGAUCCUUUCUUCAUAUUACAAUACCAGCGUUACUUGCCACUGUUGUUUUAUUGGUUGGAUGUUUUGGAAUUAUCUAUAGAUGUACAAUUAUUUACGUACGUCAAGUUCCUGCUGCAGCCGACACCACAACAAGUAUGGAGAUUGAAGAGGAUGAUACCUCGAGUACAUACGCCUCCGUAAAUCGAUUGAGUAGAAGAGCAGUCAAAGUAACGGGUAUACAGCAGAACAGCAGGACACACGGCAAUACUUUGUUCAUUGAGGCAACAAACCAAGCACAUGCAGGAUCUCUAAAUCUAAGAACAGAUCAUUCUUUGUCUUAUAAAAGCAAACAGAAUGCCGAAGAUUUGAAUGACCCAUAUAGCACAUGUUUAGAGGUCGAGGAAUUGUAUGACGAUACUGCUUGUAGUGCUUUAUCAGGCCAAUAUGUACCACAAAGAGGACUUUCGUCAGAUUUCGAGGAUAGUUCUUCAGGCAAUAGUGACUUUCCGGACUACAAUGAUGUACUUCAAGAAAAUGAAAGACAUGAGCAUUAGACCAGGAAAGACAAUUCCACUUCAAAAUUCAGCCACGAUUCCAAAGGUUGAACUUUAGUCAAAUUUGUUUCUAGGACCAUUUGAGGACAUACAUUUGUUUUACCUGUAUUUGAAAACAAUGUUUCCAUUUCCCUA